AUGUUUCCGCGCCCGACCCGCAGGAGGGCCGGGCUCCUGCUGUCUCCCUGGAGGGAGGGAGAGGACGGUGGUGGCGCCUCUGUCCCUGGCGUUGAGUCCCAGCCAAGAACCUCCUCCCCCGCAGGACCAGCAGGUGGCUUCCGACCAAGGGCGCUGCCUGGCCACCUGCGGGGUGGAGCGAUUCUGAGCUGCCCCUGGGCAGGACAGGUCUGGGGGCCGAAGUGGUCCCGGGCCGCAGCUCCUCAGAGGGCGAAGGGCCGGCCAAGCUCAAGCCCCGGUGCUGGGCAGUGGAGACUGGAAGCGAUCCCGACCUGUCUGAGGUUCCCAGGCUCAGGACAGCUGCCUGUGACAUUUGUGCCGAACCUGACAGUUUGCUACUCCCCACCCCGCCCGCUCCUGUGCCCCCACCUGGGCACCCGCCGGCCUCUUCUGGGGUGGCGUCUCAGCGGUGGAACUGCACGGGGCAUUCUCCUCUGUGGCUUCACUUGUGGGAAAAAGAGGUCCAGAAGUCUGGUUGACGGCCGUGGCAGAGAAACGAGUCUGAGCAAACUCAGACUCCUCGGCAAACCGAGUAACUCGCCCCGCCUAGGCUGUCCCUUUCUGACCUCUUGCUUCCACACAGCCCCCCGCCAAAAAGUACUGCCUCUAAACCAUGCCCCUAGCCCGCCUCCAUUGCCACGCCUCUAGCCUGCUCUAUAAAAUGCCUGGUACUUACGCAAUAAACUAGA